GCCGGGGGGCACUCUUCUGGCCUCACUUCCCUCUCCUAGUCCUAGCUACAAGCCAUGGACAUGGAAGCAAACGUAACCCAUGCACCCACCAUAUCUUCUUCCUCCUCCUCCUCCUCCUCGUCCUCCACAUCUUCCUCCUCCUGCCUCGUCAAUGGCGCGCCACAAGAGGUGCCAAAGAACUCCAAAACCACGAACAAGCGCAAGCGGGCCUCUUCGCCGGACUCCCAGGAAGUAGAAGCCAAUGGCAGUACCGGCAGCGAUGGCCACCAAGGCGAGGAGAGCAGCUGCUGCUGCAGCACCGAAGAUAACGCUGUGGCGAGCGGCGGCAGCAAGGCCCAGGCGGCGUCGGCGGCCGGAGGCGCCGCGCGGUCAAGCAGCCGGAGCGGGUACAAGCACCCGUCGUACCGCGGCGUGCGGCGGCGGAGCUGGGGCAAGUGGGUGUCCGAGAUCCGGGAGCCCCGCAAGAAGUCGCGCAUCUGGCUGGGCACUUUCCCCACGGCCGAGAUGGCGGCGCGCGCGCACGACGUGGCCGCGCUCGCCAUCAAGGGCCGCGCCGCGCACCUCAACUUCCCGGACCGCGCCCACGAGCUGCCCCGCCCGGCGUCCACCUCCCCCGCGGACAUCCAGGCCGCGGCGGCCCAGGCUGCCGCCACCGCCGCCGACGCGCCGUGCGAAGCGUCACCAUCUUCGUCGCCGUCGCCGUCGCCGUCGUCAUCGGCCGAGCUGCCGUCGUCCCCCGCGGCCGACGAGACGCCGGAAGCUGCCUGCUGCCCCGAGACGGCGGCGCACGGCGACGGCGAGCAGGGCCAGGACAACGCACUGUUCGACCUGCCGGACCUCCUCCUGGACCUGAGGGACGGGCUGUGGUGGCCACCGGUGUGGUCGGGGCCAAUGGCCGCCGAGGAGUACGACGGCGGCGACGCCGUCGGGAUGCAUGAGCCGCUCUUGUGGGCGGAGUAGCUGUUACUCGCCUUACCUUAUUACUACUGCGCUCUUUGAGUAUUCAAUAGACACCACACCAGUAGUAUACGCCGAUCUCCAAAAGAAGGGGGGGAACAAGAGGGAAAAUUUGGAAGAAAAAAAAGAGAGAGGAGCUAGCUAACACCAGAUCAUAUUAUGUUUACUAUUCUUAAAUUAGUAGUACUUGUGCUUGAUUUGGCCACGGAGCUACCUUGUGUUCUUUCUGUAUCAGCUGUCAGGACAAAUAGACGUCGACUGAUAGCAGUGUGAUGCGUCUGCAACAUCGCAAUUGUUUUCUAGAUGGUUGCAUCUCGCAUCAACAACGAUAUAAGCAUUA